AUGCAAACCUAUUUGGACAUUGUUCUCACCAUUGUGUCGUCUCUUAAAUUGGCUCAUGAAAAUAUCUCUGAACAAUAUAUUAUCUGGUCAACUACGCCUCCCUCAAGCAAAACAUUCGCACCAAUAUUGCCACAGUCACUUUUAAUCAGGUCUCUUCCUGCCUUCCCUCUGAAGAAUUGAACUUAUCUUUUGAGAAGAAAUUAUCUCAGGGAGACUAUGGCUCUACCUCGUCUGUCAACAUCCAUAAUGCUAUUUUCACCAAUUCUGGACGAGGCACUGGACGAGGCCGUGGCCGUGGGCCGCCACAAGGCCGAGGAGGACCGUACUGCGGCGGUAACCCUGGCGGGGUUGGCUGGCAGCCGCUGUACCGUGACGAUGCGCGCGGCAGAGGUGGCGGACGAGGGGCGUACGUCACAUGUCAACUAUGUGGGAAUCCCGCAAUCCGAAUUGCCGAUCUGUUUAAUACUCCGUAGACAAGUGCUUGGCAGAUCUAUUGCAGGUGCAGGAAAAAAAUAUAAAGAUUUUACGAUUCGGGACUACCUCACCAACCAAGUUCUUUUCAAGGGCCCUUGUGAGCAUGGUCUGUACUCCAUGUCGGCAUCUCACUCUUCUCUGGUGGUCAACUCUAUCAAAGUCACUCCUUACCAAUGCCACUGCCGUCUUGGUCAUCCCUCAGCUCAAGUCACUAAGUCUUUAUUGUCUUAAUUAGGUUUUAAAUUUCAGCAUCUUGAUCAUUGUAUUUCAUGCUCUCUUGCCAAGUCUCAUAAACUCCCCUUCCAUGUGUCUGACACUAAAGCUUCUGCCCCGUU